AUGGCCGAGACCUAUCAUAAGAUGAGCCACGCCUUCGGCGGCCCGGCCGGUCUCCUGCAGUACAUGAUGAUCGAGAAGGGCACGUUCGUCGAGCUUUCUAAGGCCAAUGCCACGGCCGUCAGCGGCAUGCAACCCAAGAUCAGUGUCUGGAACACCGGUGCCGAGGCUGGGUCGGGAGCCGGUGGAAGUGGCAGCGGCUCGGUUCAGGACAGCACCGCUACAAUGCGGAACGUCUACCAGCUUCUGCCGCCCCUGAUGUCCACGAUCCAGAACCAGACUGGCAUCACGCUGCAGUUUGGGCGUAUGCCAGAUAACGAGGUCACUAGACGGGAGAAGCAGCAGCCCAAUGGUAAGGGCAAGCCUCAUGGCGAAUAG